AAGGAUACGGCUAAAACGUAAACAUGGCGGGAUUACAUGUGAUAGUAGAAAAUAAUUUGUUCAAUCUUUAAAUAAAUUAAUGGUCAUUAAUUAAAUAAUUUAACAAAAUGGAUGUCAGAAUAAGGACACUUUUAACCGCUUCAAAAAAUGCUUCAGGCCUAAAGGGAGAAGGAUUUUUAAGAGAAGCAUUUGAUAUACUAAUUACCGCGGGUAAUAAACCGGUAACAGAAGGAACUCAACCAUUUGGCAUUGAUUUAUUUGUUGUUUGCGCAGAAGAAGCUAUUAGUCAUAAUAGACCAGACAUUGCCAAAGAAUGCAUAAAGUUAUUUAAAAGUAAGAGCCCACCAUCAAAUCAAUUUCUAGGCAGAGCUUAUCUGGUUGAAGCUCAACUCGUUGCUCCAACAAACGCCAAUCAAUUGGCCGAAUUGGAAGAGGCAAUAGGAUUUAUUUUAAAAGCAAUUAACAUGGCUAGAGAUAAAGAAAAAUAUCAUUUUCUAAUUUAUAACGCAUCUUUGGUUUAUUGGUCAUUUUGUAGACCAUUUUUGAAGCCAGUCUGGAAGAAAUACCUAUCAAAAUCUCUUCAUCAAAUAGUAAAAGCAUUGGACGAAAUCAACGAUCCUGAUAAGGAGUGGAAAGCAACUCUAAUGAUAACUCUAAUAGAAUGCCAUCUCGAUGCCGGAAGCAAACAAGAAGCUUCGGCUGUGGCAUCUGUGGCGUCAACAUUUGUAAAACAAAACGUUCCAUCAAUGUAUAAGCAAUUGUUUGCUUUAUUAGUACGACAUCAGUUAGUUGACUUUAGUAGCGCCAAAUAUCAAAAAGAUAUAAGAAGUUCAUCGGAAAUUAACGUUUUCUUUAAAAUAUGCAAAUUAAAGAGUUUAAUCGAUCAAAAGAAAACAUGGGAUAAGGAAGUUGAUGACGAAGCUAAAAAGAUACUCAAUCAGAUGGGUGUUCUGGAUGAUAAAGACAUAGAAAUGUCUAGAGCCAAGGAUCGUCGCACUCCGUCACCCUCAGCCGCUACUCGUAAAAUGGAUAUUGAUAAUCCCGAAAGACCUUAUUUACUAUUGGAAAUGAGUAGAUUAGCCUCUGAGUAUAAUCUUCCUCAAAUUAUGCAGCAAUGCCUUACUGGAAUCAAGAUAGCUAAUUUUCCGAAUGAUCCAAAUUUUCCUCUUCAAUUAGAAUUGAUGGAAUGCGACCUAAUGGUAAAAAAAUUGGGUGAAAAUAGAGAAAAUUAUCAAAAAAACCUCUUAGAAGUAAGACUAAUCGCAAUUAAAAGAUGUGAUGAGGCAUUGACAAAUUCGGCUAGGCAACAAAAUGCUGGUUUAAUACAAUCAGCCUGCGCGACACUAUGGAAUUUAUGCCUUCCAGUUUUACAAACAAAUCUAAGAAUAAAAGUCAGAAGACCUCUGACAAACAUAGUGGAAGCUCUGGAAGAAAUCGAUUCUCUACUCUUUCAAUUUAGAUGCCAAGUUCAUACGGAAUUGGCAAAGAUUGAGGAAGACGUUGAACAAUUAGAAGUUGCCAUUGCGCAUAUUCGGAAAGCAAUAGCAUUGGAUGAUGCCAAAACGUAUAAAGAACUCUUAGAAUCUGCUUUACAUAGGAUAGAACUGAAAAAGGAAUUAUAUCAACAGCCCGAUGUUGAUGAGGAUGCAGCAGCUAUGAUAAUAGAACAAGCGAGAAGCGCUGAAACCGGAACAGUAUUAAUGAAAAGAAGUAUUUUAGUAAAGGCAGGACAAGCCUUAGCCCCUGAUGCUUUCCUCUUGGUUCUGGAGUCUGAGAGUCCACCUAAAGAAGUCGGUGGGGGAAAAGCCGAUUCUUCUCGAUUCGUUAAGUAUGGUCAUAAGGCGGAGCAAUUCUGGAAUUGUAUUAAAAAGGCCCCUGGACAUUUGAAGAGGCUGGGCAGUGAGAAAGAACACGAACGAGCUAAAUUAUGGGCUGAUUUAGCAAAAACGGCACGUAAACAAGAAGUAUGGGAUGUUUGCAGAGUAGCUUGUCGUUUCUGUUUACUAUAUGACGAUGGUAGAUUUGUAAGAGACGACUUGUUGAAAGAAGAGCAGAGACCUCCUACGUCUUUAUCAAAAAAAGGAUCAGAAGUUUCUUUCGAGAAACCAGCCACGCCUCCACCAACAAUAAGUAUGCUUUUCGAGAAGCACCUCUUAAGAACAUUGGUAGAAGUGUACUUUGUGCAAGGUGAAGCCCUUAUUCACCUUCUAAGAUCAGAAGGAGUAGAGCUCUAUCAAAAACCAAUACCCCCUGAGGACAGAAGCAUAAGGCCUAAAGGUUAUGUGACCGUCAAAGCUGAGGAUGAUCCUCACUGGCAGACCUAUUGUGAUUGGUUAGAUCGAAUCUCGGAGGAUGCUACUAAAAGUUUCCUAAGAGCAAGUGAAAUUGGAGUAAAUUUGAACGAACCGUGGGUCGUUUGUAGUUCAUCCGCUUACUUGUGGAAUUAUAAUCAGCAUCGUCUAUCUUCAAAUAAGCACUCCGAAUUGGUUAAAGUUUUUGAAGUUCUUCUAAACGCCCUAAAAUCUGUAGGACAUGCCGGGGAAACAAUUAUGCUUGUUAGCUUAUGUAAUGCUCUGGCAAAAGGUCUUUUACAACCAUGGGAUCCACUAUUGCAGUCUCCUGGAUCAGUCCCACCUAGAGCACCAUCCCCCGGUAAAAAGCAGGGUGGGCUUGCCGAUUCAAAAUCGAAACAGACUCUGCAAAUCAAUCCGGAUGGAAUUCCGUUUAUUAAGCAGGCGAUAGAAGUUUGCGAGUUCUGUAUGGAUGUCACAGAUGGAAAGGAAGCGAUUAAUAUCGUUCCCAUUAGUGUAAGAGUGGAUUUGCUACACACUUGGGUUAGGGCAAAACAAUUAAGCCAAUCGCAGAUUGGAAAAGAGCUGGGUACUAAUUCAUCAGAGGAUAUGAACGGUCAAAAGCCUAUGACUAGAUCCAUUGUUGUCGUUGAAAUGCAUAGUUUAAAUAAUAAUGGAAUUAUGGAAUUCAAAGAAAUACCACCGCUCGAAAAGGUGGCUGAAAUGAUACAAAUGGCAACUUGGGAAGAUCAUCUUGUAGAACUAAAGCUAUGGACAACUUUAACCUAUCAUUCCUUUAAAGCUCAAAAGCAUCAGCUCGUUUUGAAAUGUUCUGACGCAGCUUUGGAAUUUCAUGGAGGAACAUUGCCUAAAGGCAAAAAACGUCAAGGAAAUGAAUAUAUUGUGGAGCGAGAGAUGCUCUUCUAUUCGGCUACUUUAAGAGGUAGGAGCUUGGUUGAUACUGCAGCGGGUAAGAAUGCACCUAGGAGAUUGGCUCUCCAGUUCUUUUUGAAAGCUGCUCUGUUUGCUGCCGAUGCUCAAAAUUAUGAACUAGUAAUGCAAGCCGCAAGGCGUUAUUGGAAUGCAGCUCUGCCUCUUAUUCAGCAACCAAUUGAGAGGGAGGUUCUUAAAUCGCCACUUACACUACUUCUUGAUGCUAUCAAUAAAACGACAGAUAAAAAUGCUUAUAAAUCUUUGGAAACAGCUGAAGAUGAAGAUGAAACUUCAAACGAAUUAGCCCCAAUCGAUUCUACAGAGAAGAAGAAGAUUGGUAUAAUAGGAGGACCUGAGGACGACUUGACUCUUCGGGCAUUUUUCUAUUGUGUUCUUUUCCAAAGUUAUGCUGAUAAGCACGAUUGGAAAAGUGCUCUUGAAGUUAUGGAUAAAGCUAUCAAUGACAUGCCGAGAACAAACCACCGCCUUUUGUUGCACAAACACGUCGUUAUGGUUAAAGCUAAAUUAGGCUUGUCAGUUCUCCUUAAUAUACAAAAGUUUAAGGAUGAUAGCGAAGAUUAUCUUGCCCAUAUGUGGAGGAGAGUAGCACUCUGUUCAAAGGAUAUAGAAUUCCAACUAGAAGCUUAUCAGAAUGCUAUAGAAGCAUUGACGAAGAAAAGUUCUGAAUGGCAAAAAGUUGAUUAUCUUUUGGAAUUAGGACAAUGGCUCUAUUGUCAUGAAUUUCCAAGAUGUGAUGCUACAGAUCAAAUUGAAUGGGCAAUAGACAUACUCUUGAACAUGGAAUUUGAACAAGAUCGAUCUCAUUCACCUCUUUCCAAGAAGGGUCGUAAAGAAACCGGAAGCAAAUCGAUGAAACCAAAAACAAAGAAACCAGCUGAGAGGGAAAAGAGAAAAUCGACUUCUAUUAAAAAAAUAUCGAAAGAAGAAAAAGCUCCAGAUACAGCCAGAACCACUAGUGAUCAAAGUCAAGUGGAUUCACAAGCUAUAAUACCCAUUAAAAAAGACGCUAUAAUUGGUGUUAUUCCAAUGAAACCAGAACAAAAGAUAUCUGAUCUAAUAAGUAUUAAGCAACUAGACUAUCUUCUACAAUGUACCGUUCUGCUGGCCGAAGUUGUUGGCAGUCAAUCAAAUGAGCACGUUAAUAACGUUCUGUUAGCAUAUGGUUAUUUGAUGAGGAUAUGGCAAGUUUCCUUAUCCGCUAGUGGGCCAGUUAUGAAAGAGUUGGCUAAGAGACCACAAACAGAAGGUGAAAGUGAUAAAGGUGGUAAAGGAAAGAAAAGUGGUAAAAAGGCUAAAGAAGAAGAACCUGUAAAGGAGAGACCAAAGCGUAAAGGUCCUCUUGAUCAUCUUCCUAGUAGUAUUGAAGCCUGGGCUGAAUAUGAUGCUCCUGAAGAAGUUCUUGAAGCCUUUAAACAGGAAUCAAUGAAACUGACCGGAAUAAACCAACAUACAAUCUUAAAACCCAUGUUAACCAUUUACUAUUUGGAUACCCUUGUAAAGCAUCUAAAUAGGUUGGGAUUCCAUCAUAUGGUUUUUCCAGCAUUAGCCCUACAAGAUACUAUAGCAAGAGGAAUGCUAGAGAAUCGCUCUCUUACUUCUUUGAUACAUUUAAAAUCCUGGAAAUCUUGCAUGCAAAUUGGGUAUAUAAAUGGAAUUAAAUUUCAUGAACAGUAUUCUGAUUUUAAAUUAAACGAAGAUGAAGUAGCGAAUUCCAGAGAGGCUAUGGCAGUUUGGAGAGAAAAACAGGCCCAAGUAAGAAGAGAAGAAAAGAGAUUGCUGGAUGCAAAUGUUCUAAAAAAGAAACAGGGGAAUAGAGACGACUCUGUUGAAGGAGCCGAAAAAACAAAUACUGCGGAGCAUAUUGGAAGGGAGCUUGGUGAAGUUAAAAUUAGGAAUGUUUGGUUAGAAACUGCAGAAAUUCUCAUAACUCAGGGUAUCUAUCAACCUGCAAGAGAUAUUCUAAACGAAGUCUUAGUAACAGCUAGAGCUUAUGAAGAUGCCUAUAUUGAGGGGAAAGUUUUACAUUUACUCGGACAUUUAUCGAUGAUUGAAGCUCAAUAUGGACAGGCGGUAGCGUUAUGUCUCGAAGCUCAAAAAAGGUUUAAGGGUGACGAAAUGUUUUGGUAUGAAACGACUAUGAUUAUAAUUGAGUCUACAAGAAAAGAUUACUCUUUGAAGAAUAACCUUCGUAAAGGACUGUUACAGGCAAGAACGUUAGUUUUACAUGCUGUGGAAAUAUUUUCUGAAAUUGAGCAGACAAGGCCUAAUAAGCAGGAUAUAACUGGAUUUAUUUUGAAUAAUUUUAAAGCAAAAUUAGUCCAAAUCCAAAUAGAUAUUAUAUUACAAGCCCAAGAUAAUCUGACUAAACCAAGUGUAAUUACAGCAAUAUUAUCAUCCUGCAACAAAUUAAAGCAUUGCUGGGCCGAACUAUUAGCAUUGGGUUAUGUUCAAGAAGCGUUAAAAUUUAUGCUAGAUCAAGCAGAAUUAUUAGAAAAGAUUGCCAUAGCUUUUAAUGGUUCGAAAGAUGGAGAUUUCUACUAUAUUGAAAUUAUAGAAAUAUUAGAAUAUUCUGUGAGAAUUGCUAGAGAUCUAUUCCAGGACGCUAUUACAUUGACAUCUCCAGUUUCUGAUCUGCAACAUAUUAAUUUACCUUACCAGAGAAUUACGAUAAAAUGCAAUGUUAAAUAUUCUAGGGUAUUAAUUAAAAUAUUCGAAAUAUAUGUCGAACGAGCCAGAAAUCAAAGAAUUCAAUGGGAAAGAAAAUUAUCUGUUGAGAGAGAAGUUGAGAAUUUAACAAGAGACACUCCACACUAUGAAGGUAGAGAGCAACAAUGGGAAUCUCUUAUAAAGACUGCUUGCGAUCAGGCACUAACUAGCCUAAGUUUUGCUCAUUCUCUCACCAUAUCGCAGCAAGAGUCACCAAAUUUAAUAGAAUGGAGAGCUAAAUGUUUAUUUUUAGUGGGAAGAUGCGUCAGACUUAUGUCAGAACAUGCUUCUCCCGAUCCUAAACAACUUUGGAAUGCUGAUUGGAUAGAGAGGGAGAAACUAGGUUUACAUAUUGAUGAAAGCGCUGAAAAUGAAUACGUCAAUGAAGAUACAGAUGAAUUUAUUAAAUUCUCUGCAAGAUUGAAAAAAUUAAAGAGUGAAAAGCAUAGUUCUCAAAAAUUACUCGCUCAAGCAACUGAAAUUCUUCAACAAUCAAUAGUAUUAUCCUUGAAACAUGGUUUACUUAGAACGACUAGCGAAGCAUCAAUUGAAUUAGUUGAAUGCCUAGGUCAAUUUGAUCCUGGCCUUUGCAGUCAAUAUCUAUCUUUACGUCAGAGUUGUGAAGCGUCACUCUACUGCGAAAAUUUAUUAAAAAGGGCACUUGUCGAUCCAACUCAAUCUCAGCUGGCAGCUCUUCUAAAACAAAGAGAUGAUAUGUUAGAAAAAGACUUGAUAUUCAAUUCGAAAAUGGGUCCGAGCUAUAGAUCAAUUAUGCAACAAUUGGACGAAAAGUUCAUUGCUUGGAAAAGAUUACGCGUAUCAACUCACCAUAUGGAUCUAAUAAAAGAUUUACCUCCGAAUAUUACUUGUGUCGUUCUUCAAUUCUCUCCCGAUAAGAAUUAUCUGUAUUGUUCCAUAAUGGACAAAUCGAAAAAUUUAAAUGCAGCCGCAGCAAAUAGAAGGGGAGCAGGCCAGUUUACAUCAAAAGCUCAAGUCUUGAGAGUAAAAACUUCAAGGCAAGAAUUAGAGGAAUUACAAGAGAGAUGGAAAUGGUGGAAACACGAUGCAAUGAUGAUCCUUUUAAAGUGUCAAUAUAAGAAAACAAGACAGGCUCAAAGGGAAAAGAUGCUCUCUACUCUUGAUUCAGGAUCUCCUAUUCCGAAUGAAAGUAAAUUUGAAGAUGAAGAUGAAGAGAAAUUGAGACAUGAAUAUUUGAAUUUAAUAGAGUGUACAGAGACAUAUUUGAGUGAUAUCUCAAAGAAAUUAAAAGAAAAACGCCCAACAAGCGGAAGCACAAUGAGUAAGGAUGCUCAAUCAGCUGAAAAUGAGUGCAUCGCAAUACUAGCGGAUAUUGAACUCCUUAAAUGGCCUUUGGAGGCUUUGAGAUGUCUUCAAGCAGAUUAUAUAACAUCAGUCUCAAGAGAUGUUAGUCUUCAAAUGUUACAUCAUAAAAUGUACAUUGAACCUCUAGACGAAGCCGCCGAAAAAGCCUUGAAAGAAAAAGAAAAAAAUAAACCGCCUAGUCGAAUACCUGGAUUGCGUGAUGCUGCGAAGAAACAGAGUAAAAUCGUACCCCUUGAGAGACCAGUACCAUCUACCUGUCUACCAGUGGAUACUCAUGCCGUUAGAUUUGUUGUCGAUCCGAAUUCUGAUGCGCCUGAUACAGAUACUUGUAAACCUAUUGAAAUUUUCAACGAAAUGGUUGAAAAACAUUCUCAACAAUUCACACCUCGUUGGCUUGGAGUUGCAGGUAGUGAACAUUCUCCAAGUGUAGGAGAGUACGAAAUUUAUUUGAAUGAGGGCUCUGGCUUCAUUUAUUACGGAAUGGAAAGAUUUGCAUGUCAAUUAUCGCCUUCAAAUAUAGCAAGUCUUAACUUGCCAGAGUGCCAGUUUGUGAUGCUUCUCGACUUGAUGCAAACAGGCAAGAGCUUUUCAAGGAGAGCCAAAACUGACGUCCUUAAAACACAAGAAGUUCUUAACCUGGAAAAACCUGUCGAGACGUCCAUUUUGUUAGGUUUGACUGGUGUUAGAUGCGUUCUAUCAAACCAAUGGCAUUGUUCUCUAGAAGAAAAUGCACAGCGCAUACAUGAUUUUAUGAAAGAUUUCCUACCUAAAGCCUAUACAACUGGUGAAGCUACCCGAUUUUUAUCAAUGCCUCAUAAGAGGAAGCCCGAUGAAACCGCAGAAGAGGAAGCAGAAGAAACAGAAAACGAAAGCAGCGGAAUGAAACACGGUUUAAGUAUGGCAACACUAACCUCUGAACAGAUUUCAGGAGAGAGAUCAAAUUUUAAUAUGGUAUGCUACGGCGCUCCAAAUCUAAUGGUCACUCAAUUUGGAAAGUGA